CCAUUCAUGAUCACUAGCCCCUAUUGUUGACGAGAAAAAGGGGUAACGAAGGUAGACACUAAUAGGGUUAGGGUCACACGACUAGCACCUCUUGGCUCAGUGACUCACUCCAUCUCUUAAGAUUCUGGGAGACAACCGCUCGGUAUACCAUUUGCUUUACUCCUUCGUCUGUAUCCAUUCACAGCCUCAGUAUUCCAAAGCACCGUGACGUGAGAGGCACAUUCAUGACCAUGGCGUCUAGAAGGAACAUCUCCUCUCACUCCCCCUUUGAAGCCCAAAUCGGCUACUCCCGCGCCGUCGUCUCUGGGGACAUGGUGUUUGUGUCUGGCUGCACGGGAUACAACUAUGCCACUGGCGCCAUCUCGGACGACGUGUCGGCACAGGCCGAGCAGUGCAUGCAAAACAUUGCGUCGGCGCUGGCAGAGGCCGGGGCUACGGUGGACGACAUUGUGCGGGUGCGGUACAUGCUGCCUGACCGGGCGGAUUUCCCAAAGACGUGGCCUGUGCUGCAAAAGUGGCUGGGAAAGGUGCGGCCGGCGGCGACAAUGAUCCAGUGUGGGCUGAUGGAAGAAGUGAUGAAGAUUGAGAUUGAAGUUACGGCGAAGAAAGGGGCGGGCGAGGCAGGCGUUUCUGGCGAUGACAAGACGUUGCUAUAACGGCUGUAGGAGAUGCACAUGGGGGUUUAUUAACCGGUGCAUGUAUAUACCAUCCGAGGGUUGAAUGGCCAUCGUCGUACUUUCUACGUGCCCUUCUUCCACCCGCCUCGGACGACAAACAUUAGACUAGAUACUGGGUGAUGAGUGUGCCCAUUCCAUCUUGCUCCUCCAUAAAGAUGGUAGAGCAAUACAAGACAGAUACAGAUGUACAUACCCAGUCCAAACCGCGAAAUACCGAUAUAUGAGCGAAACCCAGAACUGCGUAGAUCCAACGACGCCCAGGGUAACCAAGCCAUUGGACAAGCAGUCGCCCAUUUUUAUCAUCAGCCAUAUAUCGUAAACACACACAAAGAAAAAAAAAAAAAAAAAAAAAAAAAAAAA